UCGUGCGGAGGCUCAGAUUUUGCUGCAGCCGCAGAAGUCAGUAGUCCCGCAGGAAGACUGUUUAGGCAGCAGGUUCUGGGACGGUCGCGCGCGAUCCAGAUCACGCGUUUUCGUCGUUGAUCCGGAAAAGUUUCGGGCCGAUGUUCAAACUUUUCCGACGUGUUCAGCCGACCUAAUUGGUUGUUCAAGUUUCCGGCGUUGGUUGCACUGUUCGCAUUGGUUGCCAAUCGGAUUACUGUGUAACUCUGUAAAUAGUUUACUGUGUUAAUGUGCUAAGUGAAACUGGUGGCUUUCACCGGCUCUUUGGUUACAACAGUCAAAACACCGGAAGCUGUUUGAACCUGAAUGGAUCAUAAUUUGUCCAUGGAUUUUUGGAGCGCCUCCAGAGUGAAGCUUUCCUUCCUCUGAAACCUUUGUCAGUACCAGUGUGCUACUAAAAGAGAUGAAGAGUCAAAAGGUGACGAAAAGCUCCAAGUACACCCAAGCAUCCCCCAGUGACGUCCUCGAGUACCAAAACGUCGGCCAAACGAUAAUCCCACUCUCACCCCAAGGAGCGAUUAGCGAUGCUUCCGACAAAGUCACCUACGCCGAAAGUGUGUUCUACAACGUGAACCAAAGCUCCGAAUUGCUGCUGAAAAAUGCGCCACCACCUGCGAUCGAAGUGGUGCCCACUCGCCAAGCAAAACAGAAAUCCGACCUGGAGACUUUGUGCCAUUGCGUGCAAAAUAGGGACUUGUGCCGGCAAAAAACGCGCUUCUCCGAAGACGUGGUACCCGAACAGCAGGUUCUGGUACUCAACCGGUCGUUUUCCUCUUUGCCCAGGCUGGCGAACGUCGAGCAAGCGAUGCUGGACCGAACGCCGAGCUAUCAAUAUCACGCCCCGCCAAGACACAGCUACAUCUGUGAACAGAACCAGAGGAUAUUGAGGGAGAUCAAGACGGCCUCGUUGCGCCGAAUGCAAUCACCGGAAAUUAUCAAUAUUCAUCGCGGACCGAAUAGUGUUUUUUAUGACGCGUAUGGUGUUGAACAGUGCGUGGUUCGGCCCUGUGCCAUUCAAUGUGAGGAUUAUUCCAGCUUGAGGAGGGGACAAACGAUGAAAGCCACUAGAAGGAGCCAAGGAUUCCCGAGCAAUAAGCGGCGUCCCGACGGCGACGGCAUGGAUUCGAGCGUCGAAGAUUCGGGGCUCGAGUUUCCGGAGCGCCACCUGAUGGGGGACUGCCAGUACGCCUGCGACCACGUGGUUUACAGCCCAACCACCUACACUUGUUUGCAGGAUGAAAGAAUGUUCGCUCCAGCUCCGGAUGUUACGAGGAGAAUGGAAUCAACUGCGAACUUGUCCAAACCAGAACCUCCCGGCUCGCCUCCUUACUAUCGAUCCACCUCAGCAUCCAGUUCAAAUUCCGCAUCAUCUAGGGGUGGAUUGGACCUAACAGCAAAACAUUGGUGGAUUAUUGCUGUGGUUUUACUGUUAGCGGCAGCUGUUGGUGUUGGAGUGCCCAUCGCUCUUAAAAUCACUGCAGAGGCAUCAUUUGAGCAAAGACUUGAGGUGGCAAGCAGACUGCUCCAGGACACCCCCUUGAUCGAUGGGCACAACGAUUUGCCGUGGAAUAUUCGAAAAUAUGUGCACAACAGACUGAAGAGUUUCAAGUUUGAUGAAGAUCUUCAAGGCGUGGCUCCGUGGGCGACUAGUCCUUGGAGUCAUACCGAUUUGCCUCGGCUCGAACGAGGUCAUGUUUCAGCUCAAUUUUGGGCAGCUUAUACGCCAUGUGAUUCACAGAACAGAGACGCUGUUCAACUUACAUUAGAACAAAUCGACGUUAUUCGACGACUUACCGACUGGUACCAACCUCGAUUGGUGCUCUGCACCUCUUCAGAAGAUAUAAAAGCUGCACAUAAAGCGCAACAUAUAUGUUCACUCAUAGGGGUAGAAGGUGGACAUUCACUAGCUGGAAGUUUGGCCGUUUUGAGGAUGCUGUAUCAUGUGGGAGUUCGAUAUCUUACCUUGACUUCCACAUGCAACACUCCUUGGGCUGAUUGUUCACAUGUGGAUAAUCCAGGCAAUGCGCCCGAACAUGGAGGCUUGACGAGUUUUGGAAAAGUUGUGAUACGAGAAAUGAAUCGCCUUGGAAUGAUCGUGGAUUUGUCGCAUGUGUCCGUUGGAACCGUACAGGACGCUCUCGACGUUUCGGCAGCGCCCGUCAUCUUCAGCCAUUCGUCAGCUUAUGCGCUGUGCAAUUCCACGCGCAACGUUGCCGAUGAAACCCUACGCAAAUUAGCCCAAAAUGAAGGGAUAAUUAUGGUUAAUUUUUUUCCGGCGUUCCUGAGCUGCCGGGAAACGUCUACAGUAGCUGAUGCAGUUGCUCACAUCAAUCACAUAAGGGAAGUUGCUGGAGUGGAAAAUGUUGGUCUUGGAGCCGGAUUCGAUGGAAUCAACCUUGUAACGCAAGGGCUGCAAGACGUUUCCAGUUACCCGACACUUUUCGCCGAGUUAAUUGGCACGGGAAAAUGGACCGUGGAGGAUUUGCAAAAAUUGGCCGGAUUGAACUUUCUCAGGGUGAUGCAAAAAGUAGAGAAAAUAAGGGACGACCUAAAAAAUCUGCCACCCUAUGAAGACGUGCUGCCCAAGUCGAAACAAGGGCAUAGCAAUUGCACGUCCGAGGCAACUUUCUAGUGAAAAUUCAUUCAUAGUUAACAAAAUACAUUUCUGCACUUGGAGCUAUUGGCAAAUGUAACGUCCCCAAUAGUGUUCUUUAAACACUAAUAAGAGCUGAAGUCAAGGAUCGUCGUAAGUUGGUUUAAUAAAGUAUGGAAUUUUGUAUCAACUACGCUUUCCUCUAAUAACUUCCUGCUAAACUAAUUUUGUUUAAAAACAGUGCCGGGUUAUCACCUCUGAUCUCACUUUUUCAGGAGAGCUGAAUCCGGCACUGUUUAGCAACUUCCGCAGCAUUUUCGCUACAUCGUGUGUUAAGACACUUUUUUACGGAAAAACUAAAAAGGACACAAACAUUUUGCAAAUCCACGAAAUUCGAUCUUCUUUAUUCAAGACCGUUCUUUUUUAAUUUGCGCAUUUACGACAAUAAAUUAUAGGCCAAAUGAGGAAACUUUAUAGUAUUGCUCUUGUUGAAUCCAGCCUUUAAUUAAAACCAUGUAGUGCCGACUUUAGGCAGACAUUAAAGCAAGAGGAGGAAAAACAAGUUUUUGCCAAGUUUCUCGUUUCUUUUGUGUCGUAAUCGACUAAUUAAAGGAAACUGGAGCUUCGAAUUUCAUUCAAAUGUAUUCGUUUUUGCUGGAUAUUAGAUUAACAAAUGCAGAGAAAAUAUUAUAGGAUCAAAAUGAGAAAGAAUCGAGAC